AAAAGUCAGAAAAAGAUACGGGCCGGGUACCAUAUUAUUAUAUUCUUCUCCCACCACUAUUUAAACUUUCAAAAGAUUGUCAGAUUUUCUGUGCAAACAACAAGAAUAUUGUUAUUACAUUACACAUAUAUACACACACACACAUAUAUAUAAUAUAUGGGUGGUGAUCUUCACACCAUUGCUUUCAGCAACGGCAGUUAUUGUAAUAGUAAUAGUAACAGUAAUAGUAAUAAUCUACGAAGCAGCUCUUCCGUAGGUUGGGAUCUCCAUAACCACCUCGGAGUUUUCAACGCAGACAUGUCUCUUUAUGAUCAUAUUAACAUGGAGAGCAGUAGCCAAUUGUUAAUAUCCGAUAAUAUCGAAGAUUUUUCGACGGGAUAUCUACAAGAUGUGCUGUUUCAGUUCAGCUCGAAGCGACGAAGGCUUCUUUUCAUGUCGGCCAACGACGAAUGUUUAACCUCCGAUUUCGACACUUCUUCGUUUGAGAAUUGCAUCCAGGAUUGCUGCCAAGAUUUUGAUAGUACACUCAGCCAGAUAACAAGAUGUGACACAAAUUCAGAUGUGAAAACACCAGAAGAAGAAAUAAUAAUAGCAGAAAGCUAUUACGACAGCUCAUCAUCUUCUCAGAAAGAAUCAGAAUCAGCAGAUGAACAGUGGAAGAAGACGACCACACCUGAGAAUAAUGAAAACCUAUUUUCCAUAGACCCCAUUUUCUCUUCUGCAGCAGGUGGCCGAGAAAACGAGACGAAAAGAUCAAAGAAGAGAGUAUUAACAGCAAAGGUGGUGUAUCCGUUUGCGGUGGUGAAGCCGGGAGGGAUAGACGGCGACGUGACGUUGAACGACAUAAACGAGAGGAUUCUAAUGCCGCCGACGAGGGCGGUGCGGCACCCGGUGGGGGACUUCGCCUGCCGCCCGCUAGUCUCGCCGGAGGGACCGGGUUUGUCCGGCAAGGCUGUGGUGGCGUUCACCAGGCUUCAUACUCCGGGGAGAGGCUCAAUCACUAUUAUCAGGACAAGAGGCUAAUAGAUACGUACGAUCAAUGUGUGUAUACUAUGAAUGCAUGUGCAUGUAAUAAUUAUUUAAUUUUGUUGAGAGGAAUUAAUUAUUUAGUGGAGGAUUUAAUUUGGAAUUUGUAGAUAUGUGGUUUGGAAAUUAAAUAAUUAAUUAAGGGUUAUGUGUAUGUAGUUAUAUAUAGUAUAGAGCAUAAAUGUAGACAAAUUAAAGUAGUUUAUUUCAUUUGAUGUAAAUUAGAUUUAUAUAAAUAUUUAUGCUUCACUUCAUAAGUUGUGUUGAUUAUGGAUGAAUUACUUUUUUAA